CGGCGCACGUAUGCCGUUCCGGUAACGUGUUUUUCCGGGUUGAACUGACAGGAGCAAGGUGGAAACAACAUCAAUGCCAAAUACUAUACGUGCGUUAUUUAUUCAGCACUGAAGUUACUCAGCACACUAAUCAUGAUUCCGCUCAAUCUUGUUGUCGUCGGACUGAUGGCUUUUUGGUUGGAAUCGGGCACAGCGGCGGAGUGCACUUUGAUUCACAAUCAGUCGAAGGAAACCGCUGCUUACCUAAAACUGAAACCUCUUUUUGGUAGAAGGUAUAGUGUGAAAGAUGAUGAGUACUUGUACAGCGUGGGUAUUUGUACUAGUGGAAUGGAAAAUCCACCUGAUGCUGGCAGUACUGUAGCUGUGUGGCAGCAGAAGUUAGAUGAACACCGCAAUCCUUUAUCAGAUUCUAAGCCAGUGAAAAUCGGGCAAUACGACAAAACUGACAUCAAAGCAGGAAAAAACUGGGUCUACCUUGAAUACCUGGAAGGAGAAAAAUAUAACUUCCACUGUAAUGGCGAAAAGCGGAAAGCUGUUAUUUUAAUCACCUGUGACCCAGAGGCAACAGAUAAUACAAAUCCAUUGGAAAUAAUAGAAGAAAGCAAGAAUCGGACUGAAGGAUGCUACUACUUAUUUGAACUAGCCCAUCCAGAAGUUUGUGAAGUUAAAACGAAUAAAUCACUCAGCGUUGGAUCUAUUGUACUUAUUGUAUUUUCCUGUGUGGCAGCUGUGUAUCUUAUAGCUGGAGCACUUUACCAACGUUUUGUUCUUGGAGCAAAAGGCAUAGAGCAGAUUCCAAACUAUGAAUUCUGGAAAGAUUUUGGCAAUUUGCAAGCAGUGAGUGUAAUCUCUUUAACUGUAAUAGUUUAGAUCAGUGGUUCUUAACCGGGGUUCGAUCGAACCCUAGGGGUUUGGUGAGUCGGUCUCAGGGGUUCAAUGGAGCCUCCGCCACAGAGGUCAAGACACACCCACAAUUUGUGAUGACACUGAAGAAGGGUUUGGUGAAUGUGCAUAUGAAACUUGUGGGUUCGGUGCCUCAAACAAGGUUAAAAACCACUGGUUUAGAUGGUCAUACCCUUAGACUUGAACUAUAUCACACAUCAUUGGUAGUAUAUCUAACUGUUCCCACAAAGAUCUUCAUGAGGCAUGAAAAAAAGUAUGUUGGUAACUGUUACAGCAAGUACACCUCUGUGAAAGCAGCCUUGCUCACCAGCAAGAUCAUAAUAAAAAUUCGUUAAAAUAUU